GGGACAGUCGGCAGUGUGAUCUCCGCUACGACACGAUGAACGCCAAGGUACUCUUCCUGCUGGGUCUGGUGGCUGUGGUCGCCGCCGACAAGCGUCCCGCCCCCGCCCUGGCCUACGGUGCCCCCCCGACACGUUUUGAUGACUCUGAUGAGGUUAUCGAGCCCCCGAAGUAUGGGUACGACUGGACUGUACAGGACGCAGAGUCUGGCAACAGCUUCGGCCAGCAGGAGGCCCGCGACCUGGACAACACCAAGGGGUCGUACACCGUGCAGCUUCCCGAUGGUCGUCUCCAGACUGUAACUUACUACGUUGACGGUGACUCUGGAUUCAUUGCCGAUGUCCAGUACCAGGGCGAGGCUCGCUACCCCGACUCUGAUGAAGUCGGUUCCUAUUCUCCACCACAACAGCCCAGCGCCCGCUACGGAGCCCCCUAGGUCAUCAGUCCACUCUCAUAAAUACUACAGUCACCCAUCGAUAACUCUAACAUAUUAUUUCUGCAACCAGACAGCUACUCUUGAUUAUCUCCAAGCAUAUUGUAGCAUAUAAAGCCUCACUUAUCAAGGUUCCAGCACAUUUCACUUAUAAAAGCUCUUUUUCAAAUGGCCCUCAAGGUUCAUGAGGCCAUCUUUAGCCUUUUGAAACUUCAACCUUGGCGUUCCUUUCUCUUAUCUCUCAUUCCAAACUUAAUAUCUUUCAGCUGCUUCUCGUCAUCAUUGUCGAGGUCACUCCCAUAGUCUUUAAUGCUAUGUAUAUAAUUUAUUGAAUAAAGCGAAUAAUCGAGA